UAUAUAAAUGUCCAUGAACUCCAUCUUCGUCUACGUAGAUUCCCAUUUCUCUCUGUCAGAACCAUUCUGCCAUUUCUUUCACUUAGGCUGUGCUGCUCUCAUUUUAUAUUAAGCAGCUUGAGUUUCAUAGCCCGAAAUGACGCGGUUCUUAAAACCCUUUGUGGGGUUUUGGCUGCUGCUGUGCUGCCUGGCCGUUCUUACAGAUGCAACUUACCUGAAGUACCAAGACCCUAAACAGCCGUUGGGUGCUAGAAUCAAAGAUCUUAUGGAUCGGAUGACUUUGGAAGAGAAAAUUGGGCAGAUGGUUCAGAUUGAACGGAAAAUUGCAACUCCGGACGUCAUGAAGAACUACUUCAUUGGGAGUGUACUGAGCGGUGGAGGCAGUGCACCGGCGGAGAAAGCGACGGCGGAAACUUGGGUCAAUAUGGUGAAUGAGAUCCAAAAGGGCUCUCUAUCCACCCGUCUUAAGAUCCCUAUGAUUUAUGGGAUCGAUGCCAUUCAUGGUCACAAUAAUGCGUACAAUGCCACUAUCUUUCCUCAUAAUGUUGGUCUUGGAGUUACCAGGGACCCGGAACUUCUUAGGAGGAUAGGAGAGGCCACAGCGCUUGAAGUGAGAGCAACUGGAAUUCCUUACGUUUUUGCUCCAUGUAUUGCGGUGUGCAGAGAUCCUCGAUGGGGUCGGUGUUACGAGAGCUAUAGUGAAGAUCAUAAAAUUGUUCAACAAAUGACUGAGAUCAUACCUGGAUUGCAAGGAGCAAUUCCUGCUAAUUCAAGAAAAGGGAUUCCUUUUGUUGGGGGAAAACAAAAAGUUGCGGCCUGUGCUAAGCACUUCCUUGGAGAUGGUGGCACAACCAGAGGCAUCGAUGAAAAUAACACUGUGAUUGACUAUAAUGGAUUGCUUAGCAUUCACAUGCCUGCAUAUUAUAACUCGGUUAACAAGGGAGUUGCAACAGUAAUGGUCUCUUACUCGAGCUGGAACGGAGUGAGAAUGCACGCCAAUCGUGACCUUGUCACUGGCUUACUCAAGAACAAGCUCAAGUUCAAGGGUUUUGUCAUAUCUGAUUGGCAAGGAAUUGACAGGAUCACCUCUCCUCCUCAUUCUAAUUAUUCAUAUUCAGUUCAAGCUGGAGUUAGUGCUGGAAUUGACAUGGUCAUGGUUCCAGAAAACUACACAGAGUUCAUUUACGAACUCACUCGUCAGGUGAAAAACAAUAUCAUACCAAUGAGCAGGAUCGAUGAUGCUGUUGAGAGAAUAUUAAGAAUCAAAUUUCUUAUGGGUCUGUUCGAGAAUCCGUUGGCGGACUACAGCUUAGUCAACCAACUCGGGAGCAAGGAACAUAGAAAAUUGGCUAGGGAGGCCGUAAGAAAAUCACUUGUGUUGUUGAAGAACGGCCCCUCUGUCGAUAAGCCAAUGAUUCCACUUCCUAAAAAAGCUGCGAAGUUAUUGGUUGCAGGGACUCACGCCGACAACUUAGGCUACCAAUGCGGAGGCUGGACGAUCACAUGGCAGGGUCAGAGCGGCAAUGAUCUUACUGCUGGUACCACCAUCCUCAAUGCUGUGAAGAACACGGUCGAUCCUGCGACUCAGGUAGUGUACAACGCCAAUCCAGAUGCGAGCUUUGUCAAGUCAAAUGAGUUCUCGUUUGCCAUUGUUGUUGUCGGGGAGCCUCCGUAUGCUGAAACGUCUGGCGACAGCUUGAAUCUCACCAUCUCUGAACCUGGUCCUAACACCAUAAGAAAUGUGUGCGGCAAUGUCAAAUGUGUCGUUGUUGUCGUCUCAGGUCGCCCUGUUGUGAUGCAGCCUUAUGUUGGAAUAGCCAAUGCCCUUGUGGCUGCUUGGCUUCCAGGAACAGAAGGCCAAGGUGUAGCUGACCUUCUCUUUGGUGACUAUGGAUUCACUGGGAAGCUUGCUCGUACUUGGUUCAAGACUGUUGAUCAACUCCCAAUGAACGUGGGUGAUUCACAUUAUGAUCCACUCUUUCCAUUUGGAUUUGGUUUGACAACUAAACCAAACAAGUACUAGAAAAAAACAGCAUCUUAGAGAACUUGAAGGAGGAUAUAUUUCAUCUUCUUGUUACCUAUACCUACCUUUCAUUUGAAGGAUGUGAUGAGGAUAUAUUUACUAGGCCCCUCUUAGUCUUGUUUUAGAGGCAUUUGUAACUCUUUUCUAUUAAUCUUAAUCUCCUCCCAUUCUUAUAA